AGCUCGGAGGAGGAGAGCGGGGACGAGGGCUGGGUCGCGCCCCAGGAGGGUGACGAGGAAUGGGACGACCCGUCCGGCGGCGUGCUAUCCCAGGUGUUCGCCGCCGCCGAGGCCGGCGACGCGGCGGGGCUGGCGGAGCUGCUGCAGGGCUUGUCUGUAUCCAUAGACACACGGGGCGCCGAUAGCGACACAGCCAUCCAUCUGGCUGCUCUCUACGGGCAUGCAGAGUGCGUGCGUCUGCUUCUGGACAGCGGGGCGAGAGCCGACGUGGCGGACGCGGACGGCGCGCUGCCGCUGCACGAUGCGGCAGCCGGCGGCUACACCGAGAUUGUGGAGAUGCUGCUGGCGGCGGCUCCCGGCACAAUAGACCGCGGCGACAGCGAGGGGGACACGGCGAUCCACAAUGCGGCGCGGGGCUCGCAUGUGGAGGUGCUUGAGCUGCUGGUCGGGCGCGGCGCCGACGUCACGCUGCAGAACGACGAGCUCAAGACGGCGGCGCAGCUGGCGGAGCGCGGCUCGCGGGCGCGGGAGAUGCUCGAGGAGGCG